AUGAUUGCUGAUAAGAUUGAAAACUCAAAUCUAGAAUACAGCACUAUUACUUCUACUCAUCUCGUAGACAUACGCGAAAUAGCUAAAGAGAUUAACAAAAUAAUAUGCGAAAACCUCCCGAACAACGAAUACAGAAUAAGCUCGGUAACUUCAAAAGCCAUUGACACCCUCAAUCACACUCGGCGAAAAUACUCCAACGCUGGAUGUUCAAAAUCAGAAAUAAUGGGCGAACCAAGUAAAGAAAAAAUAGCGGCAUUAACAGCAACGAUGCAAAGAAGGGAUAUGUCACGCUGCAGAGGGG